AGAGGUUUAAAGUUUGUAACUAAUCAAACUCAACAGAUAUCAUAAAUAAAUAGUGAACUAAAUAACAGAAACUCAGAAGAGGAAGCAAUGGCAGGGACUACUGAUUCGUAUCAGCAAACGAGCUAUGGAUUUGCGAUCGGAACACCCGUGGCUACACAGAACACGAACGUUGCAGUAGUAAGUGACGUAUUCUGCUGUCCUUACCCGCUCCAGCUAACCGUCAAGAAGAAAUGUAAAGGACUAAGCGGAGCGAAGCUAGAGGUGGUGGACCUCAACUCUAACGUCGUUCUCCGUGUCGACGGUCCUCACGACAGCUUCAGCAAGAAACGCGUCCUUCGUGACCCCGCGGGUUACCCUCUUCUCACCAUGCGCGAGAAGUUGACGUCGUUACAUGAUGGAUGGACGGUUCACCGAGGAGAAGGCUCAGAUCCAAGGGAACUGAUGUUUACGGUGAAACGUUCUCAUGCUCUUCAAUGGAGAGCUCGCCUCGAUGUCAUCUUUCAAUCUCAUUAUGGAAACUUCAGCGUUGUAGGCACUUACUUCGACGACUCAGCCAAGGUCUACCAUUCCAACGCUGUCAUCGCCGAGGUGAAGGAGAAGACGACAUUUGGAGGAUUUUUCAAGGGGAAACAAGACUUUGUGGUUAGAAUAAAUGCAGGCGUUGACUAUGCUUUUAUUGUCUCUCUCCUCGUCAUUUUGAACGAGACCAACACAAUCUUCUAGCAUCUUUUACAUUGUUACAAUGCUACUAUUACUCGUUGAUGCCUUAGGAAAUGAUUGUGUUAAUCUUGUUACAUGUUCGUGAUAUGAAUAUUGCACACACACACACACACACACACUUUGUAUUCAUGUAGUUUGAGACUCUGUACAUAAAAAGUCUUGAAAUAAACCCAACCCAAGUUUGUUGAAUGGUUUCUUCUAUGCCAUUGCGUGUGAACACAAACUUGCAAUCUUGAAUUCUCACGUGAACGAACGACUAAAGAGAAAUGCUUUAUGAUGUUUGAACACAAAUGUAAAAUCUCUUUGAGCGCAAAGUUGAUAUUUUUAAUAGAUUUUUUCCCAACAUUUCCUAUAAUAAUAUAAAAGUUUAUAAUGACUUAUUGUGCAAUUAGUUGUAUGUGUCCGAAUCAGACAUGAAUCUUGAUGGUCCGAAUCGAUCUCAUUCUCUUCCCUAAAGCUUACUUGACAUACAAGACAACAACAAUGUCUCCUUAGAUCAACAGUCUUCACAGUCUCUCUCUCUCAAUGGGGAAGGAAGACGGAUUCAAGACUCAGAAGCGCGUCUCAACCUCUGCUUCCGCCGGCGUUCUUCCGACGACGAUCGCCACCCCAGGAGGAAGAAAACCACCGCCACGUGGCAAACAGAUCAAGAAAACCUUCAACAACUUGAAAAUGACCAUCCUCUGCGGCCUCGUCACCAUCCUCGUCCUCCGCGGCACGAUCGGCGUCAACUUCGGAACUUCCGAAGCCGACGCCGUCAACCAAAACCUAAUCGAAGAAACCAACCGCCUCCUAGCCGAGAUCCGAUCCGACUCCGAUCCAACCGACCCGAACGAUCCCCCUGACUCGGACCUCGACCUCAACGCGACCUACACUCUCGGCCCCAAGAUCACCAACUGGGACAAGCAAAGAGCCACGUGGCUAACUCAAAACCCUAACUUCCCCAGCUCCCUCGCUGGUAAACCUAGAGUCUUGCUCCUCACGGGAUCGCCCCCUAAGCCUUGCGACAACCCCAUCGGCGAUCAUUACCUCUUGAAGUCGGUGAAGAACAAGAUCGAUUACUGUCGGAUCCACGGGAUCGAGAUCGUUUACAACAUGGCGCAUUUGGAUAAGGAGCUCGCUGGUUACUGGGCGAAGCUGCCGAUGCUAAGGAGGUUGAUGCUGUCUCACCCUGAGAUCGAGUGGAUUUGGUGGAUGGACAGUGACGCUUUGUUUACGGACAUGGUGUUCGAGGUGCCUUUGUCUAGGUACGAGAAUCAUAACUUGGUUAUCCACGGGUAUCCGGAUCUGCUGUACGACCAGAAGUCGUGGAUCGCUUUGAACACUGGCAGUUUCUUGUUUAGGAACUGCCAGUGGUCUUUGGAUCUGCUUGAUGUUUGGGCUCCUAUGGGCCCAAAAGGCCCGAUCAGGGAAGAAGCCGGGAAGGUGCUCACCGCGUUUCUCAAGGGGAGACCGGCUUUCGAGGCGGAUGAUCAGUCUGCGUUGAUCUAUCUUUUGCUUUCGGAGAAGGACACGUGGAUGGGGAAAGUGUUUGUGGAGAAUCAGUACUAUCUUCAUGGGUUUUGGGAAGGGUUGGUGGAUAGGUAUGAGGAGAUGAUGGAUAAGUAUCAUCCGGGGUUGGGAGAUGAGAGGUGGCCCUUUGUGACUCAUUUUGUGGGGUGUAAACCGUGUGGGAGCUAUGCGGAUUACGCGGUGGAGCAUUGCUUGAAGAGUAUGGAGAGAGCUUAUAACUUUGCGGAUAAUCAAGUGCUGAAGCUUUAUGGGUUUGGUCAUAGAGGUUUGUUAAGUCCUAAGAUCAAGAGGAUUAGGAAUGAGACGAUAUCUCCGUUGAAGUUUGUAAACAGGUUUGAUAUUAGGAGAGCAGCGCCGCUUAAGAUUGAAGCAAGGAGCUAGUAGCCUUUGGUAAAGUGCAAUCAGUUCCUUUUAGCUGAAGAAAUGCUAAAUAUGAUUUUGAUUAUAGCUCUCCGUUGUUUCAAAGCUCAGUUUUGUUUCCGUUAUGUUUGUGUAAGUCAUGGAGUAACUCUGGACUUGAUGUUUUAUAGAUAGAGAGAAUAACUUGCAAAAGAAUAUAAACAAGAGACAAAAGAA